AGUAAUGAACGGACAAGCCAGACUGUUUUGUGUUCGAGGCGUACUACGGCGUCAAGGCCUUCCGUGGAGGAGCACCAGGUCUUCGAACCGAUCGGUCCCUCGAUCAUUCGAUAAACAUUGAAGCGCCAUGGCGUGUCUGGCGCUGUCGUUGCAGCCCGUCAACGGUGCCGAUGUGCUGCUCCAAACUCGAGAGUGGUUUCCACCUGCGAGAGCUGCCCUUGCCACGUACAGUUUCCGGGUCACGCGACUUGCCUAUGCCAAUAACAAGCACGAUCCACUCGAUGGCCUUGGACCAGGGUUGGGGGAUGAAGCUUUGGCAGCAUCAAGUGGACAAGUGGUGGUUGGUAAAGAAAGCAAGUUUCGAGUUGUAUACAGACUGGUGAAUACUGUGUAUGUAUUGGGCAUCACUAGUGCGGACCUGGACGAUGACACCAACAUAUUUGAGUGUGCAGGCACUGUCAACCAAGCUGUCAGUGUCCUUGUUGCGGCUUGCAAAGGUGUCGAUGUUACGGCAGACAAAAUUAGUCGGAAGUACACUGAGGUGUAUAUGGCUUUGGAUGUGGUACUUCAUGGCGUGAGUGCAGCACGGUUGUCGACAAUCUUAGCCACGUUUCAUGGAGAGUCUGUGAACAACAUGAUAACCUCUGCAACGGAAAUCGAAAACAAAGCACGUGGAGCAGAUAGCUGGAAUCAAGUGAAAACACACUCUCUUGAUCGUCUGUCCAAUGUCGAGGUUCUAUCAAAAAUCACCUUCGAUCUACCUGAAGAAACUAUGGCCGCUGGGGAUGAGGCUGCUGCUGCUACGUAUGGAACACCUCAGUCGUCAGGGACAGGCACUUCAGGAUCACAGCAAUCAGAUAAAAGUUCAAGCACGCAAAUCGAGGAUCCAUUUGCAGCUAGUGAUAUUAUCAUCGAUCCUGAGGCUGAAUUAGCUGGAAAAUUUCAAAAAACUAAAGAUGCUCCUACAGAUGUUAUUGCUGGUCUUUCAGAUCUCACGGUUCCAACUCUUCCUCCAGGUGGUGACUCAGCCGAGUCUGUCAAAGUAGCAGUGGCAGGAUUUGAAGGUGACUAUGGUGGUGUCGCCUUCGAGGAUGAAUCUGGAGGGUUUGGUACUGCCUUUGAGGGUCUCAACGGAGCAUUUGGAGGCGGACUUGAUGCAUCGGAGUUCGGAGCUACUACUUCGAAAAGCAAGGAUAAGGAACUUGGUGGGUUGGGUUUGCUAGCAGGUGUCACCGCUCAUCAUCAGAUCUCACAACUCACUCAACCGGGUACUCCAGUAGAACCGAAGGUCGCCGCUGAGCUCUCUGGAAUUGAUCCAAAUGCAGGUGAUGCCGUUCAAAAGCCAGCUGAAAUUACUAUUCCAGUAUUAUCGUUAACGGAGGAGAUCAAUGCCGAGUUUGAGGGGUUGAGCCUCAUCUGCGUUGGUCUUCAAGGUUCCCUGCAGCUGCGAACACCUCUUCCUAAAUCAAAGAAUGAUAAAGAUAUAGAAUUUUCGUUCUCACUCAAUCAAGUUUCUAGUAUCAAGAAGGCUAUUUUGCGGGGAGCAGUAACAAGUAGCAUGGGGAAAGGAGUAUUUCAUGUGCGUACUAAACCGACCGAGCAACCCAUGACAAUACUGAAAUACCGUCUCCAACCUCAGCAUACACCUGUCCCUCUGAGAUUCCGGGUUCUCACUCAACAAACUGAUGUCACACUGAGUGUUAUGGUGCAAUAUGUCAUCAACCCUCACUUGCAAGGUGCCUUAAAAGAUGUCACUUUCAUUGUGACCUUGCCCUUCGCACCAAUAACGCUCAAGAGUUCUCCUAGAGCUGCCCUUGAUCGUACGCUCAAGGAGGUGCGGUGGCUAAUUCCUAGCAUCGAGGCCGCUUCCCCUCCUGACUGGCUUCGAGCUCAAGUGCCAGUUGAUGCUAAGGCCCGAAGUGAAAAUGAUGCCAAUGGGCACGAGGAACCUAAAAUUCGAGUACGAGUUCUUUUCUCUUGCUCAGGGCCAACGUUAUCGGGCUUGAAUAUUGCUCCCAUGAAAGCAGAUUCUACGGACUUUAUUGUCGGUGAACACUCUUUUAAGGCUGGCCAAUUCCUAUGUUCAUAAUCAGGCUUAUGUGUCUUAGUUUCCGUUUUAGUUCAGGUAUGUUGCAUUUAUUCGUACUUAGGAGUGAGCACCUCUAAUUUUUCGAUAGUAAUAAUGACAACGUAUUGUAAGUGAAUAUUUUUCAACUGUUUGGUAAUAUGUAGAGAGGUACAUGCUACUGUGAGUGAGGAUUUUCAUUUGCCAAACCUAGAUUGUGCGAACGCGUUUUCUUGCAUCUGCAAUAGGUUGGUAGUCCCUGUGACUAAGUGUCAUUCGCUGUGUGUAUGCUUUUACUGUCAUAUUCCUUUAGACAUCAGCAACUGCCCCAAUAAAGUAGGUAGGACAAGAGCAGAUCUUUAUGUCCAUGUAGAAUAGGUGUUCAGUUGCGGCAUAACCUACUUAUGACACAAUAUUGGUUAUCAAACUUCCUAGGUCAUAUUAUUGACAGCAUUCCAGACUCUAUGCUGGUUUGGUUUUUGAUUCACA